AGAGUGGUGUGCACCCACAUGCCUUCGUGAGCUGUCUCAUUAUGCCGGUGGGAGAAACAUUCACAUGAAUGCACUUUUUCAGGGAUGGUGGCAACAGGAUGCUUUGAUUCUGUUCACUACCCCCCAGGAUCAAUGGCACUUCUGCCAAAGACUUUGCUCACGGGUACAGUAACGCAUGUCAGCACUCUCUGAGAUUAGAGGGGCUCCCUUGAGAGUGAAAACUGAACCGAAUGGGGAUUGAGCUGCUCUGCCUGUUCCUGCUACUUCUAGGAAGGAAUGAACUCGUCCAAGGUGGUUGUGCCUGGGGCGGUGCAGAGACCUGCUCAGACUGCUUGCUCACAGGACCUCACUGUGCCUGGUGCUCCCAGGAGAAUUUUACCCACCCAUCCGGAGCUGGCGAGAGGUGCGACACACCUACAAACCUUUUGGCCAAAGGAUGUCAACCGCCCUUCAUCGAAAACCCUGUCUCCCAAGUAGAAAUACUUCAAAAUAAGCCGCUGAGCGUGGGCCGACAGAGAAACAGUUCUCACAUUGUUCAGAUUUCUCCUCAGAGCGUGGUUCUUACACUGAGGCCAGGCGGUGAGCAGACCGUGCAAGUGCAGGUUCGCCAAACGGAAGAUUACCCAGUCGAUCUGUAUUACCUCAUGGACCUCUCGGCCUCCAUGGAUGAUGACCUCAACACAAUCAAAGAGCUGGGCUCCCGGCUUGCCAAAGAGAUGUCUAAAUUAACCAGCAACUUUAGACUGGGCUUUGGAUCCUUUGUGGAAAAGCCCGUUUCUCCUUUUAUGAAAACAACACCAGAGGAAAUCACCAACCCUUGCAGUAGUAUUCCCUACUUCUGUUUACCUACGUUUGGAUUCAAGCACAUUUUACCGUUGACUGAUGAUGCUGAGCGAUUCAAUGAAAUUGUGAGAAAACAGAAGAUUUCUGCUAAUAUUGACACGCCCGAAGGUGGAUUUGACGCAAUUAUGCAGGCUGCUGUGUGUAAGGAAAAGAUUGGCUGGCGCAACGACUCGCUCCACCUCCUGGUUUUUGUGAGUGAUGCUGAUUCCCAUUUUGGAAUGGACAGCAAGCUAGCCGGCAUUGUCAUUCCCAAUGAUGGGCUCUGUCACUUGGACCAUAGGAAUGAAUACUCCAUGUCAACCGUCUUGGAAUAUCCAACAAUUGGUCAACUCAUUGAUAAGCUGGUACAAAACAACGUGCUCCUGAUCUUCGCUGUAACCCAGGAACAAGUCCACUUGUAUGAGAAUUACGCAAAACUCAUCCCUGGGGCGACUGUGGGACUGCUUCAGAAAGACUCUGGGAACGUCCUCCAGCUGAUCAUCUCUGCUUAUGAAGAACUGCGGUCUGAGGUGGAACUGGAGGUAUUGGGAGACACAGAAGGACUCAGUCUGUCUUUCACAGCUCUCUGUAACAAUGGCAUCCUCUUCCCCCACCAGAAGAAAUGCUCCCACAUGAAAGUUGGAGAUACGGCAUCCUUCAAUGUGACCGUGAGCAUAUCCAAUUGCGAGAAGAGAAGCCGAAGCCUUAUCAUAAAGCCUGUGGGACUGGGGGACACCCUGGAAAUCCUCGUCACCGCAGAAUGUGACUGCCACUGCCAGAGAGAAGUAGAAGUGAACAGUUCUAAAUGCCACAACGGGAACGGUUCCUUCCAGUGUGGGGUGUGUGCCUGCAACCCCGGCCACAUGGGCCCUCACUGUGAGUGCGGCGAGGACACGGUGAGCAUGGACUCCUGCAAGGAGGCCCCGGGACAACCCUCGUGCAGUGGAAGAGGGGAUUGCUAUUGUGGGCAGUGCAUCUGCCACUUAUCGCCCUAUGGGAGCAUCUACGGACCUUACUGCCAGUGCGACAACUUCUCCUGCCUGCGACACAAAGGCCUGCUCUGUGGAGAUAAUGGGGACUGUGACUGUGGCGAAUGUAUCUGCCGGGAAGGCUGGACAGGCGAGUACUGCAACUGUACAACUAGCAGGGACUCAUGUGCAUCUGAGGAUGGAGUGAUGUGCAGUGGACGUGGGGACUGCGUCUGUGGCAAGUGUGUCUGCAGGAACCCUGGAGCCUCAGGACCCACCUGUGAACGCUGUCCCACCUGUGGCGACCCUUGUAACUCUAAGCGGAGCUGCAUCGAAUGCUACCUGUCUGCAGAUGGCCAGGACCAAGAGUGCAUGGAGAAGUGCCAAGCCGCCGGCGCCACCAUCAGCGAGGAAGAUUUUUCAAAGGAUGCUUCUGUUUCCUGCUCUCUACAAGGAGAAAAUGAAUGUCUUAUUACAUUCCUAAUAACCACAGACAAUGAAGGGAAAGCCAUCAUCCACAGCAUCAAUGAGAAAGACUGCCCCAAACCUCCAAACAUCCCCAUGAUCAUGUUGGGAGUGUCGCUGGCUAUCCUGCUCAUCGGAGUCGUCCUACUGUGCAUCUGGAAGUUGCUGGUGUCGUUGCACGACCGGAAGGAAGUCGCUAAGUUCGAAGCAGAACGAUCAAAGGCCAAGUGGCAAACGGGAACCAAUCCGCUGUACAGAGGCUCCACUAGUACCUUUAAGAACGUGACCUACAAACACAGGGAAAAGCACAAGCCUGGCUUCUCCAUAGAUGGGUAAACAGACCUCCUUCAGCCAGGGAAAGUCAACCUCACUGAUGUUAAAGGUUAAUGCACUGUUUGAUUUGCCUUUCUUUGUUGCUUCCAAAGCAGGUUGACUUAAGAUAAUACUAGGUCAUUUGGAGAUCAGUCAUUCUCAGCACGAAGGUGAGACACUGUUGGCAUGUUCAAAAUAAUCAAGAGAAGAAUAU